CUUGAUUUUUGACGCUUUGUCAUCUCACAAAAACAAGUCAUGUGACAGUGACACACUAGAAGCUGUUGUCUCUGCUUCUUACGACCUCACUCAACUUAGCCUCUUCACGCUGGUGUUACUCUCUGAGAGCAGUUGGUCGAAAAUGCUGCCAUUGGUCAUAAUUUCAGUCCUGCUGGCUUUCACCAGUGGGAACCCAUGUGUUACUGGAGGGUCCAACAGUGAGUUGCUCCUGUCACUCAGUAAGAAUCUCCUUCGCUCUCUGGAGGGACAGGAUGCUCUCCCCAACCCCAGUGUUCACCUGGCAUUACGGCUUUCCAACUCCCACAACCUGGUCAAGGAAGGCAAUCACCUCAACAUGCUAAAAAAUCAAUUGCACAAUGAUAUCCAAAACUCCCUCUCGAGCAGCCAGGCGGUAACAGGCCUCUUGUCGCUGUACACUCUGGCUUUAAAGUCGUCUUGUUACGACCUCAACACAAUCACAUUUACUGUCGGUGAGACGAGGGAGACACUGCUGACGCACCUGAAGAAGCAGAUGGAACAAGAAAAAGAGCACUUUGCCUUCAGCCACCGCCCUUUGACCAAUUAUUACCAGUACUCUCUGGGUGUGCUCGCUCUGUGUGUGAGCGGCAUCAGGGUCAACAACCAUGUCAGCAACAAGCUCAUCAAAGCUGCAGUGCACGAGCAAUUCAGACAUGGAGACUCUGAGAGCACUGAUACCUAUGCCAUGGCAGGGAUGGCUCUCCAGUGCGUGAAGGAAGCUGGUUCUCAUGUUCACAAUGCUGCUGAUCUCCAAACAGCCCUCGACAAGAUCAAGCAGAAGCUACUGGCGGCUCGUAGAGCUGAUGGUCACAUCGGCAAUGAGUUCAGCACAGGCCUUGCAGUUCAAGCUUUAUUAGCUAUGGGCAGCCAAGUUGCAGAGUGUGCUGCCUCCAUGGAGGCCAUGAGGACAGACGCCAGAGGAAACAAAUAUGAGAACCCCAUGGCGCUAUCUCAGAUCCUGCCUGCUCUGCACCAAACAUCAUACCUGACAGUUAAAAACAAGGAGUGCCUCAAUGAGGAUAACACUUUGGUGCUAGAGCCCAUAGAUCCUGUGGUGGUGUUACCAAGUGAGACCAAAGUGACUAUGAUGGUGGAGGUGGUGACGUCCAGUGGAGGGAAUGCUCUUUACUCUGUGGAUGUGCCAAAGGGCAGCUCCCUGCUGGAGGCCCUCGAACUUCUUGCUGCGACAAACACUGACUUUACGUUUGAGAAAGAGUUGAGUCUGUGGGGACCAUUCUUGAGUGCAGUGAACGGUGAGCAAGCAAGACAGAGUGAUCGGAGGUACUGGCACCUCUCCUCUGACGGCACUGCCCUCAGUCAGGGUGUCGGUGAUUUCAAGAUUGGGGCACCUCAAAAGAUCACCAUCAAAAAUUCAACCUACUGAUGCAACAGAUACUUAAAAUACAAGAGAGAUUGAUGAGCAGUUUGACUUUGCUGUUUUAACUUGUGAUUAUACAGCCUGUUGCUAUUAUACCUGAAUGAAUGGUUAGUAGCUUCUUAGAAAUAUUUCACUUUGAGUAGUUCAAGGGAUUUUAUAAAAUUGUAAAUUAGAACUAAUUAAACAGGCUAUUCUGUCAAAGUUCUCAACUUAUUAUGCAAAAGCUGAUCUCUUAGGAUGAGUUUUAAAGUGAUUGUGAAAUGUUAAAUCAAAUGUAAUACAAAAAUAAUUGCACUUUUUGAAAGUAAAACUGUGAAUGCUUUUUGUGAAUGAUGUUUGUUGAUUGUUUGUUUUUACAAAACAUUAAAUAAGGAAGUGACAGCUGAGUAAAUAAAAGGCUACUCAGAUUAA